AUGACAAAUUCACAAGACAGGGAAAGUUCAAGAAUGGAAAUGAAUUCGUGUGUCCCUCCUGGUUUUCGAUUUCACCCUACAGAAGAAGAGCUUGUGGGUUAUUACCUCAAGAGAAAGAUUAAUUCCCAGAAAAUUGAUCUUGGUGUCAUAAUUGACAUUGAUCUAUACGGAAUGGAGCCCUGGGACAUCCAAGGCAGUUGCAAGUUGGGAUAUGAAGAGCAAAAUGAGUGGUAUUUUUUCAGUCACAAGGACAGGAAAUACCCGACUGGAACUCGAACUAAUAGAGCCACUGCUGCUGGUUUUUGGAAAGCAACAGGAAGAGACAAAGCAGUAGUUUCAAAGGACAGCAUUAUAGGAAUGAGGAAAACCUUAGUAUUUUACAGAGGACGUGCACCAAAUGGAAGGAACACUGAUUGGAUCAUGCAUGAAUAUAGUCUCCAGAAUUCUGAAAAUGGACCCCCUCAGGAAGAAGGAUGGGUCGUUUGUCGUGCAUUCAAGAAACGGACUCCAAGUCAAAAACAAGGUUUUGAAGCCUGGAAUAAUUCUUACUAUGACAGCAGUUAUGGGCCUCCAUCUUAUCCAAGUACACCAAAUAGAAUGCACACAUUUGAUCCAAUUAAUCAAGGAACAAACUUUCACCCCUCACCAUUUGCUGCAGAUCAGCACCUAAUAUCCAACUGUACUCGUUUCGAGUAUCAGCAAGUCGAGCUUCCGAAAUGCGAUAGCCCCUCAAUUUCUGCUACGAAAGAAAGUUUUGAGCAUAAUGCUAUAGUCUGCAGUGAAGAUACAGGAGAUGAUAAGAGAAAUUAUGAUAAUCAAUACAGUGAUUGGAAGAACUUUGAUAAGUUACUUGCACCACGAGUCAUCGAUGAUUCCCUUGAGCUUCCAAAACUCGACUGCCCCUGGAACAAAGAAAGUUCCGAGCACAGUGCUACAGGUUGCAGUGAAGACAUAGGAGAUAAGAAGAGGAAGUAUGAUAAUCAGUAUAGCGAUUGGAAGAAUUUUGACAAGUUACUUGCAUUACAAGUCAGUAAUGAACCCUCAUCAUAUGCAUAUGCAUAUACAAACUUGCAGCCAUUAGUCCCCCAAAACGAAAAGCUUGAAUGGUUCCCUGAUUUGUAG